AUGUGCAGCCCAAAAGCCCGGAGGGUGCCUGAGGGCAGGGCCAGGGACUACAGAAUGCCCAGGACAGCUCUCCUGCUGCUCGCCUACCUGGCUCACCUGGCACUGGGCACCAGCGUGUUCUGGAUGCUGGAGAGCCCAGCAGCGAAAAACUCCAGUGACAGAUUCCAGAGCGACAAGUGGGCGCUGCUGCGGAACUUCACGUGCCUGGACGGCCCUGCGCUGGAGAUGCUGAUCCGGGGCAUCAUCCAAGCAUACAAAAGUGGGGACAUCACCUUCGACAACACCACCAGCAUGGGACGCUGGGAGCUCGAGGGCUCCUUCUUCUUUUCCGUGUCCACCAUUACCACCAUUGGCUACGGCAACCUGAGCCUCCACACCAUGGCGGCCCGCAUCUUCUGUAUCUUCUUUGCUCUUGUGGGGAUCCCCCUCCACCUCGUGGUGCUCAACCAACUGGGGCAUCUCAUGCAGCGAGGGAUGCAUAACUGCACCCGCAGGCUGGGGGGUGCCUGGCAGGACCCAGCCAAGGCCCGCUGGCUAGCAGGCACGGGGGCCCUCCUCUCAGGCCUCCUGCUCUUCCUGCUGCUGCCCCCACUGCUCUUCUCCCACGUGGAGGGCUGGAGCUACAUGGAGAGCUUCUACUUCGCCUUCAUCACCCUCAGCACCGUGGGCUACGGUGACUACGUGAUUGGGAUGAACCCCUCCCGGAGCUACCCAGUGUUGUACAAGUACACGGUGUCGCUGUGGAUCCUCUUUGGGAUGGCAUGGCUGGCCUCGAUCAUCAAGCCCAUCCUGUCCCUGCUGGAGACCCCCAGGAGACCAUGUUCCUGUUACCACCGCAGCUCCAAGGGGGACUUGAAGUCCAAAAGCUGGAGACAGUGCCCAGAUGGGGAGGCAGAUGGGGAGGCAGACAGGGAGGCAGAGCCCCACCCCCCACAGCCAGGCAGCUGUCCAGAGGGGCCCAUUAGAAUUGCACAGCAUCCAGAAGCUAAUACUCAAUUUGAAUGCUCUGGAAAGGACAGCUAGUUAUACUCCAGUAUCUGUUCCAUCUUCUUCCUCAGUAACAUGAUGCCCAAUUUUAAGUUUGGUACAUGAGCACCCGCAGUACAGACUACAUUUUUUGUCUUCCCUUGAGGCUGGGUGCAGCUAGAUGAUUAGAUUUCGGCCCAAAAGGAUGCACAGAGUAUCUUAUGUGGUUUAUGGAUGUGACUUUCAUGGAGAGGUGGGCAGGGUGUAUACCUCUUCCCUAUAUCCUCCUAUCUGGCUGCAAUGCUGAUACGGUGGCUGGAGCUCUGGCAGCCAUGUUGUACCAUGAGGUACAAGCCAUGUUUGAGAUUGGUGAUACAAUUAGAAAGAGCCUGGAUAUCUGAUAUUUGCAGAGCCACCAUAACAAAGUUGGACUAAAUAAUACCAAAUUUCAUUAA